AUGGCUUUAUCACGUCGUGUCACGUCUCCAGCUCAAGUUGCAGCCAUUGAAGCGUCAAUUGAUCGACACGAUUCCAAGAAAAAUCUCAUGGAAAUGCAGCACCAAAUGCUGCAAAAUGUCGAAAAGAUCAACGAUUGUGAACGUGUCAAGCUCCUGGAACAGAGUACACGCGCCUUUGAGAAUACUGCAAGCAGUCAUCGCCCAAGAUCAUUGCAACCUGUUCGUCUCCCGACCGACAAGACGACUGCCGCAUCUUCUACGGGUAUUGGAGGUAUUGACGAAGAGAAAGUUCGUGGUCGACUAACGGCAAGAGAUUUGAGGACGCUCUUGCGUCUUCACUAUGAACAGCCUGAGAAUUGGACGCAUCAAGUGCUGGCGGAUAAAUACGGUCUCGAUCUUUUCACUAUGCGUAGCAUUCUCAACAGUGUCGGUCCUCCCAAUGUUUUGCCACCAAAAGGAGCGUCGGAACAUCCACUUGGUGUGUGGUUUGAUACUCCCAUGUCAUCAACAAGGACACCAUCGUAA